GUGUUUUGAUCAUGUGACCGUUCAAAAUGGCUGAUGGUGGAGUCUGAGAAAGGUGAAAAAUGGAACAUUCGGUGAAAUUCCUUGCUUUUAACAGGUGUCAAGAGUUUCCAGCAUUAAGGGACAACGUGUAUCUAGAUCAUGCCGGUGCAACUUUAGUUUCACGUACCCAGCUUGAGGCUCAUCAUGCCGACAUUCUCGGGAAUAUCUACGGCAACCCUCACAGCAGAAGUCCGAGCAGUCAGUUGACCACGGAUACCAUCGACCAGAUCAGAUACAGGAUCCUCGAGCAUUUUGGGACAACUUCUGAUGAAUACUCAGUUAUAUUCACAGCUGGCUGUACUGCUGCCUUAAAACUGGUUGCCGAGACCUUUGAUUACCAUGGCAACGAGAGUUGUUCUUGUUCUUGGACUGAUUGCCAUGGCAACAAGGACUGUUGUUGCAGAAGUGAAAAAAGUAGUUUGACUUCUUCUUAUAUCCAUAGCAACGGUUGUGAUGGGACUUUUGAUGCCACAGAUAACAGAGAACAAGUUAAAGAUUCAGAAAAUGAGAUGCAAGCCUCAAGUCAGAUGAAAGAAUGUAAACAAAGAUGCAAUAAAAGAGGAAGUUUUAGCUACUUACUAGACAAUCAUACCUCAGUUCAAGGUAUGAGAGAGAUUGCAUUUGAAAAGGCUGGCUGUGUUCAAUGUUUAGACUGCGAUUCUAAGGACGUUAUCCACGUGAAAAAUGUUCUUCUGAGUCAGCAAGGCAGUUGUUCUGCAGGAAACCACUUAUUUGCUUACCCAGCACAGUCAAACUUCUCAGGGAAAAAGUAUCCUCUUCAGUGGAUUUCUUCAGUGCAAAAAGGUCAAAUGGAGUGGCAGACGACAAGUCAUGAUUCAAGGUCAAGGUCAACUCAUUGUCAAGGUCGUUUCUAUACGGUUCUGGAUGCAGCAAGCUUAGUCAGCACCUCGGCACUGGACCUUGGAAAUGUGAAACCAGAUUUUGUUGCUCUAUCAUUUUACAAGAUGUUUGGGUAUCCCACUGGUUUAGGUAGGUCCCAAAAACAUUCACCCAACUUAUUGAAGACAGCUUAUGUUGAUAUUGUUGUGCCCCCACUAUAGGGGAAGAGCAUUUAG